AUGGAUUCCAUGCUCAAUUUCCGUUCGCCAUUCUCCUGGUUCUCGUCAGCGGGGAAGGAUGAUAGGAAUUUACCAAGCGUUGAAAUAAAACCUAUCCAAGCUCAUGAUAUCGAAUCUGCGGAAGAAAAGCCUGGCAGGCGGCUACGGCAACUGCUAAAAUUAAACCACGCAACUAAUGCUAUCAUAUAUAACAAUCUCUCAUUCUUCAAUCACAUACCCCAUCUCCUUUCUACCGCUUAUUUGCUGGGUGGAAGCUCGGAUCACCUGGACCGUCUCUAUGAAGCCGAAUCCAAGGAACAAGAGCCCUGGAGCGCUUCACCUAGUGAGAUUGGCCAGGCAGAAGACUGGAGAUUAGCAUUGGGCAGGAGAGAAUUUCAGAGAGCUUAUGUGGAUUUUUUUGAAGAUGAGCUGUCUCGCAUGGGAUAUGAUUGGAAUGCUGUAGUUUUACAGUAUCUUUGUUCCGAAGAAAAACCAUUAAUAAACUCUUUGAUUGCUGGCUUCGGCCAUCCGCUUAUACAUCUUGGAUAUGCAUUCGAAGUGUCCAGCCGAGAGAUUGCUAUGGAAUCACUCGCAAUGGUUUCAUGCUGCUAUGACGAUGUUCACAAGUUCUUUGACGAACCAUCGGACCUUCAAAAAAGCAUGGCCCCAAAAUAUAUCACUUGUUCAACUUACGAAGUUCUAAAUAAAAUCCGUGGAGAUAAACGUUUUGACGGUAUUUUUAGAGGCCCAGGAGCUAAUAAUGUUGAGGUACUUUUGAAAACACACCAGGAGUUGAUACUUGAGCAUUGGAUGGCAUGGGUCCCUCAAGAUGCAAACUUAACAGAAGAGUUACAUGCCAUACAGCGGCUUGCAACAACAUUGAUGGCGACCCGUCACAACGGAAAUCAGCAUGAUUUUUUCUUUGACCAUCUUCUGACUACGACCCAUGCGCUGCGUGUCAUCAUACCACUGGUUCCAAAAAAAUUCCAUGGCCCUCUACUGCGUCAGUGGUUUUUAUUGGCAGUGGCCAUUUAUAUUGCCCAGCUGCGACCGAAAAUAGAUGCUAAAGAUAUAGAAUGCUACAACAUUGAUGGGAAAGACUGGGCCUGGGUCGAUAAACUGGCUCUAACCCACGAGAUGGCGAUUUCACCUCAUUAUAUCAAGCCUCUAAGAACGCUCAAGGAGGCGGCUAAGACCUGGAGUGAUGAGGAAGGGUUUUUUCUCCGGGCUGCAGUGAAAUUUAUUGAAACAUUCGACGGGUUUGGUGGCCUUGGAUGA